GUACUUUAGCGCGGUAACGUGCCUCAGUAGCAGGCAGAUAUCAGAGCGCCGCGGCCGGUGACGUUUCUGCCCGUGUCAUUGGUGAAUGACCGAAGAUGGCGAGCAGCAGACUUUUCGCCAAGCUGCUCUUGCAGCAGGCUGGGGUCCGACACUGUUAUACCGGAUCAAGGAAGAAUCUCUACAUCAGCAAGGACACUAAGGUUAUUUGCCAAGGCUUCACAGGAAAACAGGGCACCUUCCACAGUCAGCAGGCUCUGGAUUAUGGCUCUAGGUUAGUUGGAGGAGUUUCACCCGGCAAAGGGGGGAAAACCCACCUGGGCUUGCCAGUCUUCAACACAGUGAAGGAGGCUAAAGAGGGCACAGGAGCGGACGCCAGUGUGAUCUAUGUGCCUCCUCCGUUUGCAGCAGCGGCCAUCAUAGAAGCCAUCGAUGCGGAGAUUCCGCUGGCGGUGUGUAUCACAGAAGGAAUUCCCCAGCAGGACAUGGUGCGUGUCAAACACAGGCUGCUCCGCCAGAACGUCACUCGCCUCAUCGGACCCAACUGCCCUGGCGUCAUUAAUCCUGGCGAGUGCAAAAUCGGGAUCAUGCCGGGACACAUUCACAAGAAAGGGAGAAUUGGCAUCGUCUCAAGAUCAGGAACCCUAACAUAUGAAGCUGUGCACCAAACUACACAAGUGGGCCUGGGCCAGUCACUCUGCAUCGGCAUCGGCGGAGAUCCGUUCAAUGGCACCAACUUCAUCGACUGCCUGGAGGUGUUCCUGCAGGACCCUAAAACAGAGGGCAUCAUUCUGAUAGGAGAGAUUGGAGGCAACGCAGAGGAGAAUGCAGCGGACUACCUUAAGGAGCACAAUUCUGGUACCAAGGCAAAGCCCGUGGUUUCGUUCAUUGCUGGACUCACAGCGCCCCCUGGCAGGAGGAUGGGUCAUGCAGGUGCCAUCAUCGCUGGGGGUAAGGGCGGAGCCAAAGAGAAGAUCGCUGCCCUACAGUCCGCUGGAGUGGUUGUCAGCAUGUCCCCCGCGCAGCUGGGAAGCACCAUGUUCAAGGAGUUCGAGAAGAGGAGGAUGCUGUAAGGCAAACAAGGGCGCCCCAUCUUAAGGGCGGCCCACUCCCCCUUCCUGCCGGCUCUGCCACAACGCACAGUGUAUUUUCAGACGUGCUUUCAAGUCCGUUUCUGUUCCGCGCCCUCACCAGAAGAAAUCAAUAGAUCUCUCUAUUGUCACUCGUAACCUUCUUUUUACACGUGUACAGCUCAGUCAGAUAUCCGGUGAGUCUUAUUAUCCUGCUGCAGAUAAAAUAAUGGUAAUCUCACGGGUGAGUCUAGAGUCAACACAGUGUACCAGUGACACACCAGCGCUGUUAACAUCUCUUGUGUUCCAUCCAGUGUGGAAAUAUGUCUGAAAUAUAAUUCUCUUGCCUCUC